GGAAGUAGUGUGCUGAGAGAGUGUUUUAGAGCCAUGGAGACUUGUUCGCUAGCAGCUUUAGCUGUGCUUUUGGCGCUUUAUGUGCGCUGGACAGUGUCACUCGGUCCUUACUCAGGAGCCCAUAAGCCACCAAUGUUUGGAGAUUAUGAAGCCCAGAGGCACUGGCAGGAAAUAACAUUCAGUUUACCAGUUAAACAGUGGUAUUUUAAUUCUACAGACAACAAUCUUCAGUACUGGGGCCUUGAUUACCCACCUCUGACUGCAUACCACAGUUUUCUUUGUGGGCAAAUUGCUCAUCUACUAAAUCCAGACUGGGUGGCCCUGAACGCAUCCCGAGGUUACGAAUCUCUCCAACACAAGCUGUUUAUGCGGGCUACUGUUUUAGUAGCUGACUUGAUCAUUUACAUCCCUGCUGUAAUUGUCUACUGUUUUUGUAUGAGAGAAAUACCUUCAAAAAAAAAAAUUUCCUCCUUAUGCUGUAUUUUGCUUUACCCGGGCUUGAUCCUUAUAGACUACGGACAUUUUCAAUACAACUCUGUGAGCCUUGGAUUUGCACUAUGGGGAGUCAUUGCGCUUUCAUUUGAAUGGCACCUGCUGGGAUCAUUUGUAUUUUGCUUUGCACUAAACUACAAACAAAUGGAACUUUACCAUUCUCUGCCAUUUUUCUGCUAUCUGUUAGGAAGAUGUUUAAAAGGAGGCAUUACAGGCAGGGGCUUAUUCUUGUUAUUUAAGAUUGGCGUUACCGUAAUUGCUUCCUUUGCUCUUUGCUGGAUUCCUUUCUUGACAGAAACUGAACAAAUACUUCAAGUCCUUAGAAGACUUUUCCCUGUUGGCCGUGGACUCUUUGAGGACAAAGUAGCCAACAUUUGGUGCAGUUUAAGUGCAAUAUUUAAAGUAAAGAAAAUGUUAUCUUCGGAAUCUCAGUUAUAUUUAAGCUUUCUUUGUACACUGUUAAGUGUAUUGCCUUCAUGCAUUAAACUGACAAUGCAGCCUUCUGUUCGUAGAUUUAAAUUUGCUCUGGUUAACUGUGCACUUUCAUUCUUCUUAUAUUCCUUUCAAGUUCAUGAAAAAUCAAUACUUUUAGUGUCAUUGCCAGUCAGCUUAAUUAUAAAUGAUGCUCCGUUGAUCUCUACAUGGUUUUUAUUGGUAUCAACAUUUAGCAUGCUUCCCCUUUUGCUGAAGGAUGGAUUGUUAAUGGCUUAUAUCAUCACUACGUUAGUGUUCCUUCUAGUAAGCAAGUCUUUGCUGCCAGCGCCUGAAAAUAUGUCAGAAGAGUCUAUAAAUCUGAAACCAUUCUGCAUUUCUGUAAGGAGAUAUCUUCCUUGGUUCAGGCUUCCAGGAUAUCUGAUUAAACUAUCAUUCUGCACAUCACUGAUGGGGAUGGCUGCUCUGACCCUGGCAAGUGCUGUCCUGGUUCCACCACCAAGGCUUCCUGACCUUUUUCCUGUACUUGUCUCCAGCUUCUCCUGUGUUCAUUUUUUAGCAUUUUUAUUUUAUUUUAACAUUAUUUAUUUUUGGGAUAAUUUCAAUGACAAAAGUAAGAAAAAACUGUGAGUCCAAAAUGUGUUUUAUAUUCCAUUUUUAGUUUUAUGUAUAUAUUGCUAGCAUUUGGACACAGAUUAUUUUUCUUUUUUAAUUACUGAAACAUGCUUGUUUAAUUUUGGCCUUUUGAGUCAGGUCAAUAAAGUAUUUUUACUCAA